GAGGGCAUCAACUCCCCGAGCAUCUUCUCCCGGGGGCUUAGGCAGCCGCGGAGGUGGAGCGUGCCCGGCUGAGGUGCGGGGAAGAGAGCCUGGAGGUGGGACCGGCAGAUGGUGCCUUCCCCUCCUCCCGCGGCUGCUGAGGUGUGAGGAGGCGGCCCGGAGCCGGUGCCCACCCUCCCCCUCGCAGCGCCGGCGGAUGGUGCGGUCCGGACAGCGGUGGCGCGGCCGCCGAGUGAUGCGGGGGGGCGGCUUCUGUGCCGGUGCCGGCGGCGGCGGCGGCGGGGGGAGCAGCAGGGGCGGGGGGAGCAAACCCCUGGCGGAAGAGCGAGGAGCGGGUCUCCGCUCCGGGCAGUAGCGGCGGCGGCCGUCGAUUCCCCCUUUCUCCUCGUCUCCCCGCUGCGGCUGCUGGAGCGGAGCCGCUCGCGCUCCCCCCUCGCUGCCGCCGCCGCCGCCGCCGCUCCAGGGGCUCCGGGGCUGAGCGCAGCGCCCUGCGGGGGGAGCGGGCUGCAGCCGGGCAGCGCGAGCCAGGCGGGAGCGGGGAGCAGCCCGGAGGCUGCUGCUGCCUGGAUGCCAGAGGCUCCCGGGGAGCCGGCGGCCAGAGGCACCCCGGAGGAGGAGGAGGACGAGGCCCCCGGGCUGUGAGCGGCGGAAGCAGGCGGCACCGCUGGCCAUGGCCUCCAACUUUAACGAUAUCGUCAAGCAGGGCUACGUGAAAAUCCGCAGCAGGAAGCUGGGGAUUUUCAGGCGAUGCUGGUUGGUUUUCAAGAAGGCUUCUAGUAAAGGACCCAGAAGGCUAGAAAAAUUUCCAGAUGAAAAAGCAGCAUAUUUCAGAAAUUUUCAUAAGGUAACUGAGCUUCAUAACAUCAAAAACAUAACCAGACUGCCUAGAGAGACAAAGAAGCAUGCAGUGGCAAUUAUUUUUCAUGAUGAGACAUCAAAGACAUUUGCCUGUGAGUCAGAACUGGAGGCAGAGGAGUGGUGCAAACAUCUUUGCAUGGAGUGUCUAGGAACCAGGCUCAAUGAUAUAAGCCUUGGGGAGCCAGAUUUGCUUGCUGCUGGAGUCCAGAGGGAACAAAAUGAGCGAUUCAACGUAUAUCUUAUGCCUACACCAAAUUUAGAUAUCUAUGGGGAAUGUACAAUGCAGAUCACACAUGAAAACAUCUAUCUCUGGGAUAUCCAUAAUGCCAAGGUCAAGCUGGUCAUGUGGCCUCUGAGUUCUUUGAGGAGAUAUGGGCGUGACUCAACAUGGUUCACAUUUGAGUCUGGAAGGAUGUGUGACACAGGAGAAGGACUGUUCACCUUUCAGACAAGGGAAGGAGAGAUGAUCUAUCAGAAAGUCCAUUCUGCAACACUGGCGAUAGCUGAGCAACAUGAAAGACUAAUGAUGGAGAUGCAGCAAAAGGCACGGCUCCAGACCAGUCUGAGUGAACCAAUGACAUUAUCCAAGUCAAUCUCACUUCCCCGUAGCGCAUACUGGCAUCACAUCACCCGACAGAACAGCGUUGGAGAAAUCUACAGUUUACAAGGAUGUCUAAUGGGAGAGUCGUCAGAUUUCCUGGUUUCUUGGUCACGGACUGAUGAUAUCAAACCAGGGAUGCAGGUCACAGUCUCAGUUCAACAAAGGUGUCUCGUGCACAGACGUUUCCCAGCUACGCCUCAGAGCCGGCCAAGGAGCACCAGCAGUCCCUGUCGCUGUCUAGCAGCUAUGGAUUCAGCUACAGUUCAGCCCUCAUCCAAUGAUACACACACAACAGAUGACCAGAGAGACAAUCGAGCCUGGAACCUGCCAGUAGGAUCAGGAAGCCAGUUGCACCCUCAGAAUCCACGAAAGACAAAUUAUAAUGAAAACUGAGGCCUACCAGCUCCAGUCUGGUCACAGUGAAGAUUAAAAACUGCAGUGCAACUUCCCUGAGAGACAGGCUAAGUCUUUUUAUUUAUUAAAUUUUUAUUUUCUUUGGUCCAUAUGUAAAAACAACCAGACAGAUUUCCAGGUGUAAGAAAGCAAUUGAAUCCAAUGAAACCCUGUUGGUGUGAAGCGGAGGUUUCUGCUUCACAGGACACCACCUGUUCUGGGGUGGAAACAUGACGACACAAUCAACAUUAGACUUGUCCCCCAACACUAUGGUCAAGUUUGCCCAUCUCCAUUUCCACUGACAGCACCCACCUUUUUUAUAUCCAAGUGACCGCCCAUUUGUUCCAGUUGGUACUGGAAAAACGUUGUCCAUUAUACAGUAUAGCGACUGUAGAUGUUAUCCUUCGAAAUAAGCAAAGCUGCAAUUACAAAAAGGAGUGAACACCUUUUUAAUCAGGCUCCCAUGGCUACCAUGUUUAACUAAACAUAUAUAUUGGGAGUAGCAAGAUAAUCUUCAGUAACAUCUUGGGAAAUAGAAUUUGGUGCAUUAAAAGUAAUACUACUACCUAGUAUAGCUCUCAUUUUAAAUUCCUAAGGCCAGUUUCUGCCUCUGAAUGCCAUUCAGAGCUGUACAUACAUAUCUAAAGGGCAGAAUCCGGCUCUUACAACUGUGAAGUCUUCACAUCUGCAAAAUAUCUAAACAGGACUGUCUACUGUUAUGACAAGUAUAUCUUUAAAAAAAGAGUGGAAACUAUUCUUCAAACAAAGGAAUCUGGGCUGAAUUCUUGAAAGGCAAACUCCUAUUCUACCUAAUGAGCUAGAUUCUCUGCUAGUGUCUAGCAGCCUAGCUCUAAUUCUUGAGCUUCUGGUCAUUGUUACUUUGAUUUUUUUCAGUUUCUUUCCAGGAUUUCUGUUUUAGCCACAUUGUGUGUGUUGUGUAUGAUUGUGGAUCAAUUACCUUGGAAAGACAUGGAACAAUUCUAAACUAGGCCUGUCCGUGCUUGAAAGGCAUUUAAAAAAAAAAAACCUGCUAAGUUUGUUUAGAAUAAGUAAGGGAUAAUGGGGAAGGCACAAAUGUAGGUCUGGAGAAUGAGUUUGAGCUGCCCUGAAUAUUUAAUUUUUCAUAAGGGUCAUCAAUUAUUUAUGUGCAGCAUCUGAGGCUCUGAAAUGCUGGAAAUUGGGGGAACAAAAAUCUACUUGCUCUGUAUCAUGUAAGCCAACCGUACAGUCCAUUCUCUUUAUGGAUUGUUUGCCGUGAUUACCAGAGGAAUUCUUGUCAUUAGUUGUCAGGACUGGCAGAAGCAGCAGAACAAGGAAAAGAGCAGUAGAUUCUUUUUCCAAUGACAUGAACAGUUUUAUCUAUGGUAAUUUAACUGAAAAAAGGCAGGGUUUUUUAUAAAAAGGUACAAAAGAAAUGUCUGCUUUGACUAAACAUUUAUUGAUACAGUAUGUUUGACUUUUCUCCAAACAUUUUACAGGCUAACAGAUUGCAAGCUUGUACACCUCAGUGAACAGCUGCUGAAUGAAAAGGUUUGUGAUUUGUUUGUUACAGAGUGCAGCUGAUUCAUUUAAUCAAGGUUAUUUUUUUCUUUCUUUGCCUUUCUCUUCCCAUUCCUUAUUGGGCCUCUUCCCCCACCACAUUCACAAAUAGAACAGACCCCUCUAUAGCGUAUUCCAACAGCCCCCUGUAUAGCAUAACUGGCUAACCCCACAAUGGAAAUACGCUAUCCCACACGGUCAGCAAAUUGCCCCCGUGAUACUGCACCCAUCAAUAAAGCCUCAGCUACACUUUUCAUCUUUAAAAAGAAAAUCCGGUUCAAAUCCUCAGCGGGUAUAAUUUGACGUAAAUCCAUUGUUCAAAGGAGCUAUGCCAGAUUUACAUCAUUUGACGAGCUGGCCUAAUAUUUUUACUUCUUUGUAACUGGAAAUGCUGCAGCUUGCCCACAACGAGAAAGAAAGUGUGUGUGUGUGUGUGUAAUUUCCUUCAUAUUUCUUGGUCUAAAUACUCUUGUGUGUUUCAUGACCUCAGAUUCUCAUUCAUUGUGUCCCUCAGUGAUAUCAAUGGUGGUCACUUCAUGAUCCAAAAACCAGGGAACUGGCAGCGUGAAAAGUGAAAAUGGAAGCAUUGGAAUUGCCAUACAGACCACAUGUCCAUAUAUUUCAGAAUCCAACCUCUGAGGGUGGCCCACAGCAGUUGCUUCUGAUUAUAUCUCAUUAUGGAGAUUUUCUGCUUUUGUGUUGUAUGGAUGAUAUUACUGUCUGACCCCAGCUGGUGACCACCUCAUAUGGUGAUAUAUGAUUGUUGAUAAUCUGUGUUAUUUUAGUCUAGCCCUUGUAACGGCAGAAACUAUCUGCUGCCCCCUGCAAAAAAAAAAAAAAAAGCCACUUAUAGGAAUCUUAGUAAUUGCCUUUAUCUUCAUAACUUUGAGUGGCUAUAAUUUCCAAACCACUCAUACUUUUAUCAGCUCUUUAACGAGUCCUUGCACCUUCAGGUGCAGCUAAAACAAAAGAAAAAGGAGGGAAAGUAGGUCCAAAAUUAAGUUAAAUUAAACCUAUAGAAAACUGGAUUUCUCAGACAGUGAACUAAAGCUUAAAGGAAGCUAGAGACAGACACAACAGCACUUGCAGCAUCUUAUAAAGACUCAUUAAAAGAAAAAUGGACACCCCAGACACAGGGAUUUUCAGAAGCAGAUGAGUGGAUCUACCGUUUGCUUUAUGUGCCACCCCAGAACUGCAGGUGAUACAGCUGAAGAGGCUUUAGUUUGUCAUUCCCCAGAAGAGUGUUACACUUCCUACAAGAACUGGUAAGGGCUAGUGCUAGCCAUAUCACAAACACUGCCUUCAUUGAAUUACAGUAACUUGUGGCAUAUGUCUGCUCUAUGAUAUGAGUGGCUUCUCACUGAAACAAGCUUUAUACAGCUCCUAAUGGGGUUCUGCCAGAAGGAGCCACCUUUUUGGCACAUAGCUGAGCUGCAGUCUAGAGACCACCAGGGUCCAUAAGGAGCCUUUGGACCACAAAGAGUCCUAUUCAAGUCUCAGCUUCAUUCCUGUGCAACAUACACAGAUAAGGCCACUCCUGAAGCAUGAAAACUGAACUCUGAUCUCAGCUCCUGGGCUGUGUAGAGCAAGAGGGCAACAAAAUGACUUCUGUGGUUCUGGUAACAUGAAUAUAUCUAAUUAGCUUUGAUUUACACUUUGAAAAGGACUUUUCUAAUAUAAAUACCCAGGGUGUACGUUAAUCAUUAUAUACAAAUGAGGCACUGCAUAGUCGCACCUAACUAGAAUCAUAGCAUGUGAGAUGUUCUAGUAGAUUGUCACAUGCUGAUGUUUCUAAGCUAUAGCAUUCACUUAGGGCAGAUAAGGGGAAAUGGAGUGGAGACCAGUGAUAAGUAAUGAAUUAUGCUUCUAAAUUGGUGUAGUUUCCUCAGGGUGGUCAGUGCCUCCCUUCCCCCCCCCCCCCCCCAGUUUUUAAGUUGAUACAUUAUGACACUUUUUGCUUUAAUUUGGCUCUGAGUAUACUAUUAUGGAUCAAUUUUGCUUGCCUGCAUUAAAUAUCUUGAAAUCUGGAUCUUAGAGUCUUCUUGUAGAAAAAUUGUACAACUAUUUGGGCUUUGCUUUUGUCUUUUCCAAUUUGAGCCCUGUUCUCCAGCUACAUGCUGUCCUUCUAAAGUUAUGCCCUUGAGUUGGUGGAGGUAGAGCAAUAGGAAAAAGCUUACAAAUCUGUUGGUAAAGUAAAUGCAGGGAUCAAAUUUGUUAGGAAAGCUAUUCUGUUUCAUUCUAGCAAAGGUCUAACAUGAAGUUUCUGGAAAAUCUUACAUUUGACACCAUAGAAACAAAUCAGAACCAGGUAGUAAAAUAAACAUACUCUUUUAGUUAUGCCUUACAUUAGUUCUUCCCUGUGAACCAGAUCAAAUUUUAUGGGUGGUGUUGGGACAAAACAGCUGAACGACUCUAUAGCAAUAAUUUCACUAGUAGGGCUCACAAUAUUAACAGCUCACAAACAUCCUGUUUAGUUACUAGUUUAGUAAGCUGAAGACAGACUGGGCUUUUUUUUCUUAAGUGAAACUAGAAAGCAGUCAACUCAGCAUGUUUCACGAGCAAUAAAGUCCUUUAGUUAUAUGCAGAACAAAUGCAACAGGAGUAGUACGUCUUCUCAACCUUGAACUGUAAUGGCCACCUGUGUGUAAAGUUCAGACUUCAUGCUCAUUCAGUCCUUGGCCUCCAUUGUAACUGCUAACAAAGAUGCUAAUUAGAGCCAAGAAUGCUGGUGAUUUUAGGAAUGCCAUUAUCUGUGUAUUAGAAACUCACUGAGCCCAUCGGCCAAUGUCACAUAGAUCUCAGCAUGGAGGUUGGCCACCAGCAAUCUAGGCUGGAGUUUAACUGGUAACCUGCAGGCUUUGUUUUCCAUGAUCAGAUCUCAUAAUUGCUACACUUUGGACUGAAGCAAAAAAACAAACAUCAUUCAAAUGCAACCUGUUUGUCUCCAAGUCCAGUUUUAUAUUUUGUAAUUUUUCCACAUUUUAUAGAUAAUUUCUUAGGGGGCAAAAUGGCCAUUGCACAAAAUCAGAAGAAGAAUGGAAUAGGGGAUAGGGUAGCAAAAAGCCAUUGUUAAUUAAAGAUGACAGGGAGGCAGCACCAGAAAUAGAAUGACUCCUCUUCGUACAUCAGCCCAAUUAGUGACACUCUCCUAUAACAAUUUACGGCACAACAAACAAAUCCUAGCUUCUCACAUUCUCCCACACACAGAAAAGCCUAUGGGGUCAGCCUAUAAUUUACUGGUGGAAGGUUGCAUCGACACAGGUUUUACAAGUGAACUGGUUAAGAUUUGAUGCAGUAUGUAAGUGCUUUCUGGAGAUAAAGUCCUGAGCUUCUGAAAUCAAGCAUAGUCCUUAUUCCUGACUUUAUGAAGAAAGGUGUCUCAUAUUUGAAAUGAGUGAGCAAGUAAAACAAAUACUCUUUUGAAUAAAAUGAAUACUAAGAAGCACAGAGGAACUACCAUAGUAGUUGAAUGGUCCUUGAAUGUACACUGAAUGUCCUUCUGUAGCUCUAAGAGGCAAGACACUCACAAGGCAAUGAAGUCAAUGGGCGGUGGUGGGUACUCAGCACGUUUAAAAAUGAAACCACUUAUUUAGGUGCUUAAAUGUGGAUUUCAGACCCUACCUCUAUGCUUCUAGGUAAAAAUCCUGACUCUAUGCAUGUCAGUGAAAGUUUUGCUAUCAGACACCUUUCUGUAGCUUUUUUCUACAGUUUGUUCCCUAUACUUGGUAGACUUUUAGAGAAAGAUGUUAAAUUAAUUGUAAAGAGUUUGUUUUUAUUUAAAAUGUUUAGUCAUUUAAAAAUAAAGAGGAAAACAUUAUUGUAGAUGAAGCACAGGUUUUCCUUUCAAGUUCACUUUGACCCUAUUGGCCAACUUUUGCCUUGAGUUACAAUCCAUUUGAAAAUAGGCUUGUUUUCAGUUACACCUUGUAACCCCCCACUAAGCUCAAUGCCUGGUCAGCAUAUAAAAUGCUCUUUAAGAGAAAGGAGUUCAAACCCUUCUUAAAUUUCACACUUCAUUCUGAACAGCACUAAGGAUUAAGUUUUCACCAUUUCCGCCUUAUCUUUCUGUGUAGAAAGUGUCCUGAGAAUGAAUAGAUUUGCAUCUUUCUUUUGUUAUAGUCUUAGGAGAGUCAGGGGAAUUGAUAUAUUUUACAGAGGAUUUUUCCAUGUAACUAUUUUAGUUCUGAGCAAAGUUAUCCCCCGUUUUUAAUAUAUGUUUAUUCUUGUUCUCAAUAUAUAUCUCAUUGUCUUGUAACAAAGACUGCAGCAAGCAUAGAAAGACAGCAUAAAAUUAAUCCAGUCGCUUGACAGUUUUACACCAAUAAUGAGAACAAAGAUGGCAGUUACACAUCUAUUGUCAUGACUGCUCUUGCAGCAAGAACAGAACAUGGUACAAAAUUAAGCUAUCCUUGUGACAAAAUUAAUAUUGGAGUCUUUUAAGCUUCCUCAGAUGACAAUGAUAUCAAGCAUCUAAAUUCUGGAGGUGCUUUUUGUAAAAGUUGCAUUGCACUUUUUUAGACUGUAGUAAGAAAAACAGUAAUAAAUGGAAUGUACUCACCUUCAAGCCUGCAUUCAGCUCUUGUCCCCUCAUCUCCAAAAGGGCAUAGUAAACAGAGCCCUCAGGGAAGGGCAACAAAAAGAAUAGAAGCAUGGAAUGGGGUGAGGAGUGAAAACAAGGAAAGAUUUAAAAGGAUUAGGGUAAUUUAGGAGAUAUGAUACUCAUAGAGCAUUGGAUCCUGCAAGGUGCCCUCUACUCCUGUUGAAGCCAGUGGAAACUGAGGGUACUCAACCCUCACUAAAGUGCUCAACUUCCACUGGCUUCAAUGGAAGCUGAGAUUGGCACUCAACUCAUAGGAUCAAGGUCCUACAGAACAAUAAUUUGCGCAGAGAGGGUGAAUCAGGUGUUCUUGUAUUAUGGAAAAGGAUAAAUAAGAACAUCAGCAUUCACGUUAAAAUGCAUUAUUUAAUCUAGAUGAAAGAAACUCAUUUAUAGUUGGUUUAGCUUGUGGAACUAACUGAGGCAAGAUUUUAUUGAAGCAAAUAACUUGGAACAUUUCAGAAUUGGAUUAAACAUUUAUAUGAAUAAAAACAGUGUCUGCAACUAUAAGUAAGAAAACUUGAGGACCCUCAGUUCUCAUGCUUCUGCCCAUACAAUGACAUGCAGAAGGCAUCUAAUGAGAAAUUUCCUAUAUGAUACAUUAGUGCACAAUUAUGGAGGUUUUACAUCUUCUGUUGGAUAUAGUAUAAAUCUUAAAACAUUUAUUUUCCUGAAUACCUUCUUUAAGUUGUGAGAAAAUAUGGUGUUGGCAGAGUGUACACAAAUGGAGCUGAAAUAUAUACUACCCUUAUUAACAAAUACAAGAAAAAUGUGGCAAAAUGUACUUUGACAAUAAUUUAGCAUGGCUAAUGUGCUACUGAUCACUAAUUGGAAGUGAUUUCACGUAGGAGUGAAAGAGAUAUGAAAGGUAACAAACAAAAUAUACUUUCUAGUGACUAAAACUUAACUUCAGCAAGUUACAAUCUUUGUCUAAGCAGGUUUCUCACCUACAGUCAGUUCCCAGAGACUUCACCCUCUUCUUCCUCCCCCCUUGGUUGAAGGAUCAAGAUUUCAAGAGCUCUGGCCCCUUGUCUCUCUCAGGUGACAGAUGCCAAAGUGGCUUUAUGUUUCUGCUUAUAUUUUCCAAAGUCCAUUGUCUCUGUUUUAAGAGCCAGGAAGGCUUCCUGAGGGUACAACAUACCCCAUUGUGAUUGGUAAGUGGUCAUCUCCCCUACCUGCUAGUUUUAUGGCUGUGUUUACUUUAAAUGUACUUCCAUUAUAUGUCUGUCCUCACCUUGCUCAAUUUACAUUGACAACACCGUGAAGCCGAUGAAACAACAUUCCUUUGGCUGGGUUACGCUUAUGCACUGCUGUCCAAACACAUUUUAAGACCAUAUUUCCAGCACACAGCUAUAAUUCUCUAUACACCACCUGUAGCUAAAUCGUGCAAUAAUAUUAAUCACUGGCGUGUUACCAGUUUCAAUAGGAUACCUUACAGGAUGCCUUUUUUCACAUAGAUUGCCCCCACUCACUGUUGUCAUAAUGAGUGUGUCAGAUCUCAGGUGAGUUAUGGUAUGGUGGUGCCUUCUUCCAGUUGGCAUAGGGAGGCACCCAGGGGGGUCUCAGCUAUUUCUCAUUUUUUCCAUAAGCAUUUUCAACUUUGCUCAGUACUGGCUGUGUUACUAAGAAAGUGGCUACUCAUAAAAAUAUGCCAGUUGCCUUAGAUAACUUUACAAAUUUACCUCAGUAUUUCUAGUAUUCCAGUUAUAUAAAGUAUAGGUAGGCUAGACAGGAUUAGAUUUUUAAUUGGUAAAUGCCUAUAAACAUUGAUUUCUCCAUACACACACGUUGAUGAAAAAAUAUUUCCAUUGGUGGCAGCAAAAUUUAUCAAUAGUCACAGUACAAAAAGUGCUGUUUGCAAACUUAUUAGAUUUUGAUUUAAGGAUGGUCGCUUUGUAUAUUUUGACAUAUGUUGUUGCUUCCACCCCCAUAAUUUCACGAUAGUGAAAUUUUAAAAGGAUUAAAAAUAAGUUUACAAAUAAACAUUGAUAUUAUGUGUCAAAAAUUAGAAAAAAUAAAAAUUAAAUUCUGCCAGGCCAAAGCAUAAGGGAAUAUUGUACCAUAGAUACUAACAUAAACUUGUCUUUUUAACUAAGGUAAAACUUUUUUUCUGAGUACCCCCCAUGAUGGAAAAGUAACUGUGCCCAGAAUCCAUCUUUGUAUUAGACACAGUGCUAGGAGAAGGCAGGGUGGCGUGAUAACUGCAUCAUUCACUCUGAAAUAGAAUUCAUCUCAGUCUUGGAAGCCCUGAGAGCGGUGGCUAGAUUUAGGAAAUAUUCAAUACAACAUUUUGUUCAGAUCCUUCAAAAUUAGGAAAUCAAACAGCCAUGUGUUUCAGCAAAGUGUGGCAGAUUUUACUUACCCCGAGGUCCAUAUUUUCUAGCAUUGAUGAGCUAUCUAAAUUUUUCCAGGUAUAUCUCAGCCUGUGGGAGGUAGAUGCCUGAGCUGCUUUCUUCUGAGAAUGGAUUAAAACAUCAGGUAACAUUUUCAAAUGCAUCUGAGCACUUUAGGAGCCUACCUUCCAUUUUCAAAAGUGUAUAACACCUGGUUAUGAACUAAAGCUGGUUCAGCACCUAUCUCCUAUUGAUUCCUAUGGCAACUAGGAUGUAACCUGCUUCAGUGCUUUUGAAAAUCCGACAAUUUGCCUAUCCACAUCUCUAGGUGCCUAAAUACUGUAGAAAAUCUGGUCAUUAGGCACUUAAGUUUCAUAGCAAGUCAGUGGUACUUAAACUCUUAAAUGCCUAAGUCACUUUUGAAAAAAGGGACUUAGGAGCCUCAAUCAUUUAAAUGUUUCUAAAAAUUUUGCCCAUUAUCUAAAUAAUUCUAUAAGCAGGGUUUAGAUUGGGAGCCUGAACUAGUCAGGUUGGUGUCCAACUAGACAUAAAACAUGUAAAAGGAAAUGUGCACAUUUCUAAAAUUUCACAAUUUCAACAGCUCAGUGGUGUUCAUUUCAGAAUUAAGUAAUAGCUUUAAAAUAAAAUUCCUCAGAACAUGGAGAGUGUCGUCUUGCUACCCGAUGAUCAUUAAAGACAGGAGCAAACAAUUAGAUUUAAUUGGAGAAACAAGGCAUUAGCAAUUAAUUGUAGCCCUGGUGUAAGCAAAUACAACUCCAUUGACUUCAGUGGAGGCAUUUAGAACCUGGGUUUCCUCUCACUUACAUCUGUGUAACUCAGUGAGGUAGAUGGUAACUGUGCUGGUGUCAAUCAGUGUCCCUCCUUGGACUUGAGGGGAGCAUCGCCACAUGACAAUCACUUAGCCUACUGAGUUAAAUGGAACUUCCGGGGUGUAAAGUAGAUAUGAGAAAUAAUCUGCCCCAUGGUUUCCAGAAGUUUUAAGACUGCAAGUAAUCUUCACCCUAGGAUCUGUUAUUUGAAACAGUUUCUUUUCAUGGCUCAGCCCAGACCGUUCCCCAAAUCCAAAGUUCCUGCCUGACUGAAUCUUUCAAGUACAACCCAACAUACGCUUUUAGCUCCCUUCUCUCCCCCUCUCAGCAACAAACCCUCCAGACAUUCCUUCACACCUCCAACUACUCGCAGACAAAAUGCGCUCUGCUGGGCCCGAGAGAAAGAAAUAGCCAAGAGGAACAGAAAGUGGGAAGUUAUGAUGGAGGCCUUGGCAGGAUGCAGAUUAUUUAUUGUCUUUAAAACACAUCAGCAUUUUUUUAAGAAUAAAGGAAGCUAAAGGAAAUAUUUCAAUAUAGCAUCUCAAUUCCCUGCUAUGCUAUCUGCCCAAAGCACCUUAAAGUGGGAGUUCAAUCCUCUCUCUGUUUUUCAUGAACCAGGAAGAUGGCUGUCUCUGCAGAGUGAAGUGCUGCCAGAAUAGGCCAAUUUCAGAUACUAUUUUACUUUGACUCAGUUUUUCAAGAGACAUGUAUUUAAGUUUAAAAGGUUUUAUAAUGCCAUCAAUUACAGGACUUCUCCUUGAAACAUAAACCAAGCAUAUAAAUGUCUCUCUCCUUGUGCACAACAUACAUGCAUACAACUAGCCAUAGCACUUUUAAUGUGUCACUGAAGAAAAGCCAUCUUUUCCCUUUCUUAAAAGCUUUUAUCAGUAUAAUUCCAGUUUUCUGCUAAGAGGUCCCUUAAUUAAAGAUUAACAAAUUAAAUAUCUCUUUUGUUUAAUGAAAAUAUGCUUUAUCCUGUAAGCUUCAUUUAUUUAAGUAAUGUUUCUGGAGUCUGGGUUUGUUUGGUUAUUUUUAAAUAAGUAAUGCUGUAACAGCCUUCAGUAAAUUCCAUAAUCUGGCUGCUGUUUGGGGUUUAUUGUUAUCUUUGUGGGACAUUGAUUUUUUUUUUUAAACGGUUCUAAGCUGUAGAGAAAAAACACACUUAUUUCAAUCAUUAUUUUCAGUGUUUAUCAUUGCUAUUUUUCUGUUCAAAAGUGAUUGCAAAGUUUAGUUGCAUACUUUUGCCCUAGAGGAAAUAAGCACCUGUAAAAGGAAUUGCAUUUCUUACAUUUGCUAAGGAUGCAAUUUGGUCCUAUUAUGUGAAAUUCUGAGCUUGAUCAUCUAAGUCAUAAAUAGUGCCCUAUGAGCUGUCUGACUUCAGAGUGGGUACCUAGAACACUAAUUGAAAACGAUGCAAAUUUUGCCAUAGACAGUCCCUCGAGCCACACUCAUACAUUUUAAGAGGUUUUAAAUCCUACUCCCCAACUGCUGUGCUUAGACGCUUCACCUACAGUGAUUUCCAUUAAAAAAUCAGCACUGGCCAACAGUUACUCCACAGUGGUAGCUAAGUUUUUCCCUCUAUUUAGAAAACAAACUGUAGGCAAUGUUGACAUAUUAAUGACAACUUGUGCAAGCCAGGUUCUUUAGUCUUAAGAGAUUUUAGUAACUUACUGAUUUUGCUGCCAGUUUGGAACAUUGACAAGGUUGUUUUUUUAAUGGUUUCAUCUGGGGUUCAGCAGCUGUUCACUGAUAUAGCUUUAUGAUAAUGGUACAAAAUUAAGCUGUUGCUUGGUCUGUUUAUUGGAAAAGAUUAAUAUAUUACUUUUAUUAUGCUAUGUGUGAUGUGUUGACACAAUUUUCCCUGUAUACUGUCUUCGUAGAAGCAAAACAUCUAUGGAAUUUGAAUUAAAAUAGAUGAAACAAAAUGCCAAGAUAUGCAGUAUAGUUUUUCCCCCCUAAAAUCUGGAAAAUGUGCAAUUAUUUUGAAAAAAAAAUUGUACAGAGAAAUGUUAUAAUGGCCUCAGAUACCAUGUCAAGGAAAUAUCAAGGACACUUACCAGAAACAAACGAAAAUAAGAUGAUCCUGUAGCUAUACAAGUUAAAAAAAAAUCCCCAUCUUUUCACCCUCAGUAAAACCAACUCUUUAGUUUAUGUAGACUAGUAUGAAUGCACUACAAGUGAAAACUCCGCUUCUAAAAAAACAAGGGGGCACUACCAACUUUGUGGUUAUUAUAUCUUGAGGCAUCCAGAGCUCUGACUAGAAAACUUAAAUCUACUGGAAUGCAUUAUAUUAACAGGUUGGCAUUUGAAUAUAAAUGGGAUCACCAGAUGUAGGUUAGAGAAAAGGCCUGCUGAUACAGGGCUCUACUUUUAAUACUGUGCACAAUUUGCAAUGAUCUGGUAUGACGUGAUAACUCAGGUAAAAAAAAAAAACAACUUAUUAAUAGUACAUUUCGUUGUAUCCUCAUCGAUAUGAUGCAAUUUCAUUGUUCAUCUGCUAACAAUCCUUCAGUUGGUGGAAAAAAAUAAAAGUACCCCUUAUAAUGCGUAUAGGUAUUUGCUGAGGAGUACACAGAUAUUUAAAAAAAAAAAAGAUGUGUUUGACAUUGUAAACAAUGAAACACUUCAGUGCUAGGUUUGAAUGAAUUUUUAGUCUUACAACACUUCAAUUUAGCUGAAGUGUAGGCUAGCUGCACAAUGCUGUGAUCCUCUCCAGUAGCUUGGGACUUCCAUGUCCACAUAAUGACCAGAAGAAUCUAGACCACUGUUUUUUUAUUCACAUGAAAACAGCCUUCUGUCAGAAGAGGUUAACUAUAAUGUGCUUUUAGCUUUCAGGCUGCUGUCAAUGCUCUUUUCCUGCCAAACUCAAUAGAACUGGUAACUAAUGCUUAGGAAGAAUGACAUUAACUUUUUUCCCCUUUCCAGAAAUAUUCAAGUUCAGUACCACUUUCACUAAUGUUUAAAGAGAAAGGGAGCACCAGGCCAAGCAGAUGUGAUUAAUCAGCCUGACAUACAGUAUACAGUAUGUUGAGGCACUAUAGUAUGCAUCCAUAUGUGACUAUUAGUCUUCAUAAUAGCACUCACUUACCUGGAUUCCUCCCUCAUGUUAAAGUGACUGUCCUGCACACGCCUAGAGACAUUCCACUUGUGUAAAGGGCCAACAAGAUGCGUAGACCAUAAUUCUCAGGUCUGCCUUCUGGUUUUGUUUCUUUCUAUUUUUGUGCAUUUUCUUCUGCAGGGUCCUGCAGAAUAUAUACACAUAUAUGUAUGUGUAUGUAUACAUAUCAUUUUGUAAGUGUUCUUAAUCAUGCUUUUUUCUUCUGCUUUGCCUCAUUUAUUCCUGUAUCCUCCUUGUUCUCAUUUAUUUUUUGUGCAACCAAACCUUAUAAUAAAUUAUUAAAUAUAACUUGCCA